UAAAUAACGACGGCAUUCAAACUCCAAGUCUCGGCAUUAAUUUUGCCGGUGCCGAUCCCGAUGUUGUAUGCCUUGGGAUUAAUAUGAAUAAUCGCACAUUUGUUUUCUGUACAAAUAUGGAAAAAAAAGACGGAGCCUCGCUUCGAAAAAUCUCAGAAAUUUUAAUAAUAAUAAUUAA